AUGGCUUUCACGGUGUCUAAAUUUUCCUCGCCACUCUCCCUUGGCCUCAGAGGUGUUCAGCUCCUCUUUGCGUUGCUCGUGUUUAUCUUGGGAUGUGUUUCCACCGCCAAAGUGGGGUGGUCAAAGGCAUAUCCCGCCAUGUCCAUUGUCUGCGGGCUCUUUGCUAUGUUGUAUUAUAUCCCAUUGCUUUUAGCUCCCACCCUUGCCUUCUUCACGCCAGCGAUCGCCUUGGGUGCUGAGAUCUUCAUCUGGAUCUGGUGGCUUAUUGCUAUGGCAACAGCUGCAAGCCGUUUUGGUGAUCUCGACUGCUCAUAUGGCUACUAUUAUGGCUUCCUGUAUUACGGUUACAGUAGCGUUGGCUGCAAAGCUGGAAAGGGCGCACUCGCAUUUGCAGUUUUGGGGUGGGUCCUCUCCAUAAUCUCCCUUGUGUUGUUAAUCGUAUACUCCAUUGUACCCGCCGCCAAGUCCAAUUCAUGGCUAGUUUCGAACUACUUUUUGCUUGGCGGAAUCUUCCCCAAGACCACUGGUUUGGCCCCAGCCGCUGGUGCAGGGGUAGUUGACCCUGAGGCUGGUGUCGGCGAGAGAAGUGUUGAAUCUGGCGAUGAGCUCAAGACCACCGCUGAAACCGACUUGGGAACAUACAACGGAGCCCAUGAGGCAGAGCUAAAGUCCACUGAGCCGGGCUUGGGUGGUGGAUACGGAGGUGAACCUGAAGUUCCUCACACUGGGGAUCCUGGGGUGAGCUCCACCCCUUACCCUACUGAACCCCGUGUUUAAGAGUAUGAAGGAUCCGGGGCCAUGACCCCAGUAAAGCCACUAAACAUUCAAAUACCGUCCAAAUUUUCCCGCUUCUGGAAAUUAUCAUCUUUAAUGACUACUUACAAAUACGUCCGCCCCAUUUGCUUGGGCCUAAGAACAUUGCAAAUUUUAACAGCGUUGGUUCUCUUGAUUGUUGCCUGCGUCAAUAUUGUUACCACCUUCGACUCGCACCGAAUCAUUUUAGUGUCUAUAAUCACAGGUGCCAUCUCGUUAUGUUUCUACUUUCCACUUGUCACUCCCUUUGUCAGGUUUUUCCCUCCCAUUGUGGUGAUGUUCUUCGAGAUCAUGCUCACGGUAUGGUGGAUCAUAACAUUUGUUAAUACCAAAAGCUACAUUAAUGAUGAUUGCACCCAAUUUCGAAGUGAUGAUCGAAGAACAAUUGCGUGCAAGACAGGCAAGGCGUCAUUUGUGGUGGGGAUUAUUGGGUUUGUCUUCUCCACUCUAUCUCUACUUUUACUAGUUAUGUUCAGCUUGGUGGGAACUUUCAACAAUGAACGUGUGCUCGGACUUCGUUUCUUCCUGUUGGGUGGAAUAGUGCCAAAGGUUGCUACGAAAAGCACUGAGACACAACCACCCAUUCCCCAUAUCGAAUCCCAAAGAGGAGGUGUGGGAUAUGAUUAUGAGAAUGACACCAAUUGCGGGAACGAAUUACAAACUUUGUCUUCCGAUGGAUCUUUAUCAGAGAAUCCUCGCGCUUCAGAGUAUCCAACUACACCAGAGAAUCCGUUUUCUGACCCCACCAGCCGUAGUUCGAACGGCUAA